GUGACAGCAAGAUGGCGGCGCCGCGCUAGCUGGCUCCGGGUUGUGGCGUCCGCGGAGCCGCGACGGUUUUGCCCUCGACCCGUGAGGGUGACAACGCGUGGCUGGCCCCAGCUGCGGCCCGUAGCCCUGCGUCAGGCACCCGUUCGGUAACUGGGGCUGUUGCUAUCGCGCUGGCUUCGGGGAAGCGACCGUGACCUCGCGACAGGUGCCUUGCAGCGACCGGGUCACCAAAAAGAAAAGAGGAAGAGGACAACCGGCUUCCCGGCCCUCGAGGCCUACAGAGUUCCCGCGGCCUCCGAGGACUCCGAAGGAGCUACACCUUUGAAGUGGCCGCGGGAGUCCAAGUCCUCGGGUGCGUGGAAAGCAGCCCACAUACGGCAUACCCGAGGGCGCCAAGAAGACCGCAGGGACUUGGCUUCCUCCCCCAGAGGUCUGGUUUCCCCGCGCCGAUUACCCCCGCAUUCCUGGCCACUUCCUCUCAAUGUUCUCUCCGUAUAUCUGGAAAUAUGAUCAGCGCCCCUGACGUGGUGGCCUUCACCAAAGAGAAUGAGUACGAGGAGGAGCCUUACAAUGAGCCGGCCCUGCCCGAGGAGUACUCGGUGCCCCUUUUUCCCUUCGCCAGCCAAGGAGCCAACCCUUGGUCCAAACUGUCCGGAGCCAAGUUCUCGCGGGACUUCAUCCUCAUUUCCGAGUUCUCCGAACAGGUGGGCCCCCAACCAUUGCUAACCAUCCCCAAUGACACCAAAGUUUUUGGUACCUUUGAUCUUAAUUACUUCUCCUUAAGGAUCAUGUCUGUCGAUUACCAGGCCUCCUUCGUAGGCCAUCCCCCCGGCUCUGCCUACCCCAAGCUAAACUUCGUGGAGGACUCCAAGGUGGUGCUGGGAGACUCCAAGGAGGGAGCCUUUGCUUAUGUGCACCAUCUGACCCUGUAUGACCUGGAGGCCCGUGGUUUUGUGAGGCCCUUUUGCAUGGCUUAUAUCUCAGCAGACCAGCACAAAAUCAUGCAGCAAUUUCAGGAACUUUCAGCAGAAUUUUCCAAAGCGUCUGAGUGCUUGAAGACAGGCAACAGGAAGGCAUUUGCUGGGGAACUUGAAAAAAAGCUGAAAGACUUGGAUUAUACCAGGACUGUGCUACAUACUGAAACAGAAAUCCAGAAGAAAGCCAACGAUAAAGGUUUUUAUUCAUCUCAGGCAAUUGAGAAAGCCAAUGAACUGGCUAGCGUAGAGAAAUCCAUCAUCGAGCAUCAAGACCUGCUAAAGCAGAUCCGUUCAUAUCCUCAUCGGAAGUUGAGGGGGGCUGAUUUGUAUUCUGGAGAGGUAGAGCGCUCCCAGGAUCAAGCCUGCCAGGCAGCCACUACCUCUAACCCUGAUGAGUUUGCUGACGCAGACCUUUACUCCUGCAGACCAGCCUAUACCCCAAAACUCAUCAAAGCCAAGUCCACCAAGUGUUUUGAUAAGAAGUUAAAGACCUUGGAAGAGCUCUGUGACACCGAGUAUUUUACCCAGACCUUGGCUCAGCUCAGCCACAUUGAGCACAUGUUCCGCGGAGACCUGUGCUAUCUCCUGACCAGCCAGAUUGACAGGGCACUGCUAAAACAACAGCAUAUAACCAACUUUCUCUUCGAGGACUUUGUGGAGGUUGAUGAUAGGCUGGUAGAGAAACAAGAGAGUAUAGCCCCUAAACCUGUUCAAGAUAGACCACCUUCCAGAACUCUGGAAGAAUAUCCAAUUCCUCAAGUGUUAAUUAGUGUUGGCUCUUACAAAUCCAGUGUGGAGUCUGUGCUGAUCAAGAUGGAGCAGGAACUGGGAGAUGAGGAGUACAAAGAAGCAGAGGUGGCAGAAUUGAGCAGUUUUGACCCCCAGGAGAACUUGGACUACCUGGAUAUGGAAAUGAAAGGGAGUAUCAGCAGUGGUGAAAGCAUCGAGGUUCUGGGCACGGAAAAGUCCACCUCUGUGCUCUCCAAGUCUGACAGUCAGGCCAGCCUUACGGUGCCACUGAGUCCCCAGGUAGUUCGCAGCAAAGCGGUCAGCAACAGAACCAUCAGUGAGGACAGUAUUGAAAUCCUCAGCACCUGCCCGUCCGAGGCUCUCAUCCCCGAGGACCUUAAGGCCAGCUACCCAAGUGCCAUUAACGAAGAAGAAUCCUACCCAGAUGAUAGUGAGGGAGCCAUCCUCUUCCAGGCAAACAUCAGCCCUCCAGAGCUGGAUGGCGCAGAGGAGGGCAGCUUGGAAAAUCCCCUAUCAGAGAUGGACUCUUCCUGCUGCAUUGGGAAGGAGAGUGACAGUCUGCAGCGGCCACUUCCUGCUGCAACCCACACGCUCAUAGAUGACGAUGGAGUGGUGAGCAUCCCCCCACAGCGCUACUGGCAAAAUGACCAGGGCUUCCACGCGGACUUGGCCAUUGAAAACGCCAGCCCUUCUCAAGACCACAGUUCUGAGAGCUUCACUGCCUAUGAGCUGGACCCGAGCCAUCUGCUAGCUAGCCGGGAUGUUAGUAAGACCAGCCUGGACAACUACUCCGACUCCACCAGCUGUGUGGGCAGUGUAGCCUCCACUGGCUCGGACAGGACUCCCACUGCUCAUUUCACUGCUCCCUCUUCCGAGAGACAUAAAAAGAGAGCUGGCCAGAAUGCCUUAAAAUUUAUCCGCCAGUACCCUUUUGCCCACCCAGCUAUCUACUCCCUACUCAGCGGGAGGACACUCGUGGUCCUGGGGGAAGAUGAAACCAUAGUCAGGAAGCUCGUGUCGGCGCUGUCCAUCUUUGUUCCCAACUACAGCCGUUGUGCCAAACCCGUGAAGCACUGGGUGUCCUCCCCUCUGCACAUUACUGAUUUCCAGAAGUGGAAGCUUAUUGGCCUACAGAGAGUGGCAUCCCCUGCCAGUGCCAGCAUGCUGCACACACUGAGCCGCUACUGCCGCUACACAAGCAUUCUGGACCUGGACAACAAAACCCUGCGCUGCCCACUCUACAGAGGCACGCUUGUGCCCCGGCUGGCAGACCACCGUACCCAGAUCAAGCGAGGCAGCACCUACUACCUGCACGUCCAGAGCAUGCUCACUCAACUCUGCUCCAAGGCUUUCCUCUACACAUUUUGCCACCACCUGCACCUGCCUGCCCAUGACAAGGAGACUGAGGACCUGGUCGCUAGCCGCCAAGCGAGCUUCCUGAAGCUGAACCUGGGUCUGGUGAACGAAGAUGUCAAAGUGGUCCAGUACCUGGCUGAGUUGCUGAAGCUGUACUAUAUGCAGGAGGCUCCUGGAAUCAGCCACCCCACGCUCAGGUUUGACUAUGUCCCCAGCUUUUUGUACAAAAUCUGAGGCCAGUU